AUGGCGACGAGGGCAAUACGAUCAGCGCAGGAAUGGGGACUCGCGCAAGGACUGAAGGAUCAAAUACCAAAACGCGCAGAGAACCAACCCAAUUUGAAUCAGCACCAACCCGAAAGAAACACGAUAAUGGUUUGCAAAUCGGACGCCGCAUGGGACAAAGGAUCAAACAAAGCAGGGCUAGCUUGGAUUCUUACAGAUGCAUCGGGAAUCUACAAACACAGAGGGGCCACAACCCAGGACUUUGUCUCCAGCCCAUUGAUCGCAGAAGCCCUAGUCCUACGAUCGGGAAUCAUCACCGCAGCAGCGAUGGAAAUCUCGGAUCUCCAGAUGCUGUCUGACAACCAAACGCUUAUUAAAGCCAUCAACAACGACAUCCAGAACCCAGAGAUCUAUGGUAUUGUGAAAGAUAUCCAAAAGAUCUCCUUUGGUUUUGUCGAUAUCACUUUCUCUUUUGUAUCUCGCGUGUUUAACGAUGAAGGUGAUGCCUUAGCAAAAGCCACCCUAAACAGAUCUUUUGUAAUGGACCCAUGA